GAAAAAUCUUCCCCAAAUCCGACAAGCUCCCUCGCUCGCUCGCUUCGUAGGCGUGUUGAGUUCCACAGUUCCAGUGCCACGCGAACGGACGGUAGAUGCUUAUGAAAUCUCUGUUCCUUGUCUUGUUCUCUGUUUGGACUCCGUUUGGAAGGAAGUCGGCAUAGAAUCGAGGAGUCCCUGUGAUUCUUCGCUGACUCCAGUCCGGAGAAUACGGGCUGAGAGAGCUUAGCUCACGGAGCCGCACCUCUUGUUGCCUCGGAUUGCUCGCAGUCCAGAUGGAGCGAACGAAUCGUUUCCACUUCGCUUUGAACUAAGCAUUCGAAAGAGACAAACUUUUCCCAUAGUUUUUCUUUUGAACGAUUUGACACAUACCAUUGUUUUUCGCGAGUAGAUUCCUUCUUUCUUUAAAAGAUAUCGUGGUUGCUGUGUAAAAGAUUACAUCCUGCUUACAUCGAAGCAAAAAAGUUCAUGCUUUGUCUCUGUUGAUGUGGGUAGAUAUCUUCUGCAAGGUUUUCGUUAAUUACGCGGGAGGUGCCCACACGGCAGUCUAUUGGUGAUGUCAAUUACAGUUAUUUUUAUAUUUGGCAAUGCUUAUCGCUUGAAGUCUUCCAUUUUCCUUGACAGGAUCCUAAAGGUCGAGCUUCGGCUGGGCCGCGUACUGUAACUUCUUCUACAGUAAUCAAGAAGCUCUUAGGAUGUUGGAGAAAAAUAGGGAAUUCGAUAUUGAGGGUGUGAUAGAGGAAUUUGAAGCUUUGACCAAGGAGGCUGGGAGGGUUCAGAGAGAGACCCUUCGAAGGAUACUCGAGGAGAAUGGCCAGGCAGAGUACUUGCAGAAUCUGGGACUUGGAGGGAGAACUGAUCCUGAGACUUUUAAAGCCUGUGUUCCAUUGGUUACUCACAAGGAUCUCGAACCUUACAUCAAGAGAAUUGCUGAUGGAGAUGCUUCACCCAUUCUCACAGGAAAGCCGGUUACAUCCAUAUCAUUGAGUUCUGGCACUACACAAGGAAAGCGAAAACUUUUGCUGUUCAAUGAGGAAUUGGUCCAUUCCACAAUGCAGAUAUAUCGGUUAUCAUUUGCUUUGAGAAACAGAGAAUUUCCCAUUCGGAAUGGAAAAGCUCUACAAUUCAUCUACAGCAGCAAGCAGCUCAAAACAAAAGGGGAUCUCAUCGCUGCGACAGCCACUACAAACGUAUAUCGCAGUGAACAAUUCAAAUCCACUAUGAAGGAUAUCCAGUCGCAAUGUUGCAGCCCUGAUGCAGUUAUAUUUGGUUCCGACUUCAAUCAGUCCUUGUACUGUCACCUCUUAUGUGGACUAAUCUACUCGAAUGAAGUCCAGUUCAUUUCUUCGACAUUCGCCCACAGCAUUGUUCAUGCAUUCCGAACAUUUGAGCAGGUCUGGGAAGAUCUUUGCACAGAUGUCAGGGAAGGAGUUCUCUCCAGCAGGAUUACUGUUCCAUCCAUCCGCGAAUCAGUUUCUAGACUCUUAAGCCCCAAUCCUGACCUGGCUGAUACGAUAUACAAGAAAUGCGUGGGUCUCAGUAACUGGUAUGGUGUGAUUCCAGAGCUUUGGCCAAAUGCUAAAUAUGUGUAUGGAAUCAUGACAGGAUCAAUGGAGCCUUAUUUGAAGAAACUAAGACAUUAUGCAGGGAACCUACCAUUGAUAAGUGCUGAAUAUGGAUCUUCUGAAGGGUGGAUAGGCACUAGUGUGGACCCCAGAUUGCCUCCUGAAUCUACAACCUUUGCUGUUCUCCCUGAUAUUGGCUAUUUUGAAUUUAUUCCUCUCAGGGAGAAUCCCAGGGUGCAGGAGUUGGAGAGAAGUGCUUCCACCAUCCACUAUGCAGAAUCAGAGCCAGUGAGUCUCACAGAAGUCAGGGUUGGUGAAGAGUAUGAAAUCAUCAUCACCAAUUUUGCAGGUUUAUACCGUUACAGGCUCGGCGAUGUCGUGAAAGUAGCAGGCUUCCACAACUCCACUCCAAAGCUUAAGUUUAUAUGCCGGAGAGGCCUACUUCUUACAGUCAACAUUGAUAAAAACACUGAGAAGGACCUCCAAUUAUCAGUUGAAGAAGCCACCAAGCUCUUGGCAGCAGAGAAGCUUGAGCUGGUGGACUUCACAAGCUAUGUUGACAUGUCAACAGACCCUGGACACUAUGUGAUCUUCUGGGAGUUGAAUGCUGAUGCCAGUGACGAUGUGUUGCACAGCUGCUGUGAUUGCUUGGACCGAGCCUUUGUCGACGCAGGCUACGUUAGUUCAAGGAAGGUGCAGGCCAUUGGAGCACUCGAGUUACGAGUUGUCGAAAGAGGGACCUUUCAGAAAAUUCUGGACCACUACCUGUGCCUUGGUGCUGCAGUGAGCCAGUUCAAGACACCACGCUGCGUGGGCACAUCAAACAGUGAGGUCCUGCAGAUCCUGUGCACCAAUGCUACGAAGAGCUAUUUCAGCACUGCAUAUGGCUGAUGGCAAUUUUGCCAUGUAUCCUGUAAUGAGGCUGCUGCAUCUCUUGUUUAGUUUUUCCUCUGUAUCUUGAGUUUGUAAGUAGUGCAGUGUUCCUCAACCUUCCCAAUGUAUUGUCAUAUAAGAAAUGAGAGGAAGAAUUGGCAACUUCCUAAGUUCUUGUUCUUUUGGCACAUUUGAUAUAUGGACGCGAUAUGCUGAGUAAUUUAAGAGACAGCCUUCAAUUAGGGACUGUCACUAAUCUUUAA